GGGACGCUGGAAGGAGAAGACUGGGACACAUUAGACACGCGAAGAGCAGAGCUUUGGUGAGCGUUCUCUGCCAGACAAAGCCGAAUCCGGAGAGCUGCUUAUUAAUAUACGGGAUUUAUAAAACACCAACAGUUAUAAAGGAGAAGAUGAGGAAUUACCAUACUUUGUGUCGGCACAUCAAUGAUGGGCAGCAGUGACCGGACACCGGACACCAGGAGACCUGAACUGGACACCCCUACACUGGCACCGGGAGACCUGAACUGGACACCCCUACACUGGGACCGGGAGACCUGAAACAGACACCCCAACACUGGGACCAGGAGACCUGAACUGGACACCCCAACACCAGGACAUGGAGACCUGAACCAGACACCGCAACACCGGGACCAGGAGACCUGAACCAGACACCCCAACACCGAGUUCGGGAGACCUGAACCGGACACCCCAACACCGGGAACGGGUGACCUGAACAGAACACCCCAACACCAGGACCUGGAGACCUGAACCAGACACCCCAACACCGAGACCGGGAGACCUGAACCAGACACCCCAACACCGGGAACGGGUGACCUGAACCAGACACCCCUACACCGGGAACGGGUGACCUGAACUGGACAACCCAACACCAGGAACGGGUGACCUGAACAGAACACCCCAACACCAGGACCUGGAGACCUGAGCCAGACACCCCAACACCGAGACCGGGAGACCUGAACCGGACACCUCAACACCAGGUCCUGGAGACCUGAGCCAGACACCCCAACACCGAGACCGGGAGACCUGAACAGAACACCCCAACACCAGGACCUGGAGACCUGAGCCAGACACCCCAACACCAAGACCUUGAGACCUGAACCGGACACCCCAACACCGGGAACGGGAGACCUGAACAGAACACCCCAACACCAGGUCCUGGAGACCUGAACCAGACACCCCAACACUGGGACCUGGACACUUGAACUGGUUCCCCCGGGACCUGGACACUUGAACUGGUUCCCCCAACACCAGGACUGGACACCUGAACCGGACACCCCAACACUGGGUCCGGGAGACCUGAACCAAACACCCCAACACCGGGACCGGGAGACCUGAACCAGACACCCCAACACCAGACCUGGACACUUGAACCAGUUCCCCUGGGACAUGGACACUUGAACUGGUUCCCCCAACACCGGGACCUGGACACCUGAACUGGACACCCCAAUACCGGGACCUGGAGACCUGAAUCGGACAGGGGAACACUUUCCAGGACCCACUGAGGGAUGUGGAGACAUGGGGACCCAUGACAGCUGACGCGCCGCACACCGGGAGGAUCGGACACAGUGAUGGCUGCACUUGCCAGUAAAUUAAUCCGGCAGAAGAGAGAAAUCCGAGAUUCUGGAGGAUCCCGCCCCGCACCCCCCCAGAGGAAAGUCUGCCCCCGAGGAACCAAAUCCCUCUGCCAGAAACAGCUUCUUUUCCUGGUCUCCAAAGUCCGACUCUGCAGUCAGAAAGCAGCGAUGGACAAGGACCCCGAACCGCAGUUGAGAGGGAUUGUGACCCGUUUGCUCAGUCGAGUGGGAUAUUACCUCCAAUUCCUUCCGGACGGGACCAUAUCAGGGACUGCAGAGGAACUCAGCCCUUAUACUCUCUUCAAUGUUAUCCCUGUGGGUCUUCGGGUGGUGGCCAUCCAGAGCUCGGCCUGUGGCCUGUACAUCGCCAUGAAUUCCGAGGGUUGUCUCUAUGGAUCGCUUCAUUUUACGGCCGAGUGUCGCUUCAAAGAGAGCGUCUUCGACAAUUACUUUGUCACCUACUCCUCCACGCUUUACCGCCAGCGCAGCUCUGGUCGCGGAUGGUACUUGGGCCUGAGAAAAGAUGGACGACCCAUGGAGGGCAACCGGGUGAAGCGGCACAGACCCGCUGCCCACUUCCUGCCCAAACUCAGCGAGGUCGCUCUCUAUAAAGAGCCAUCUCUUCACGAUGUCAUCACAAUGUCGCCAAAGAGACAUCUGAGCGCGAAGCCCAGCAUGCGGGUAAGGGGUGCGCGAUGAAGGACAAGGAGCCGGACAGAACUCAUGGGAAUAUUCCGGGACUAACAGCAAUAUAAAUAUGGGAUGGGGCCGGGGGAGGGGCUCAUUUAUCUCUAUAAUAUAACUAUGAAUACUUCUGGGAAUUUAUACAAAACAAACUUUAAUAUCAGGAAGGGGAAACAUGCUGCAUCUUCAACUGCAAUAAUAUCCUAAUACCUGCCGGACUGGUGCAAAGAGCUGACACUUCAUUCCUUCCAGGCUGGUACACAGAGCUGACACUUCAUACUACCUAGGAUAGUACACAGAGCUGACACUUCAUACCUUCCAGACUGUUACACAGAGCUGACACUUCAUACUACCUAGGAUAGUACACAGAGCUGACACUUCAUACCUUCCAGACUGUUACACAGAGCUGACACUUCAUAUCUCCCAGGCUGGUACACAGAGCUGACACUUCAUUCCUCCCGGCUGGUACACAGAGCUGACACUUCAUUCCUCCCAGACUGGUACACAGAGCUGACACUUCAUACUACCUAGGAUAGUACACAGAGCUGACACUUCAUACCUCCCAGGCUAGUACACAGAGCUGACACUUCAUACCUCCAGACUGGUACACAGAGCUGACACUUCAUACUACCUAGGAUAGUACACAGAGAUAACACUUUAUACCUCCCAGGCUGGUACACAGAGCUGACACUUCAUACCUCCCAGGCUGGUACACAGAGCUGACACUUCAUACCUCCCAGGCUGGUACACAGAGCUGACACUUCAUACCUCCCAGGCUGGUACACAGAGCUGACACUUCAUACCUCCCAGGCUGGUACACAGAGCUGACACUUCAUACCUCCAGACUGGUACACAGAGCUGACACUUCAUACUACCUAGGAUAGUACACAGAGAUAACACUUUAUACCUCCCAGGCUGGUACACAGAGCUGACACUUCAUACCUCCCAGGCUGGUACACAAAGCUGACACUUCAUACCUCCCAGGCUGGUACACAGAGCUGACACUUCAUAUCUCCAGACUGGUACACAGAGCUGACACUUCAUACUACCUAGGAUAGUACACAGAGCUGACACUUCAUACCUCCCAGGCUGGUACACAAAGCUGACACUUCAUACCUCCCAGGCUGGUACACAGAGCUGACACUUCAUAUCUCCAGACUGGUACACAGAGCUGACACUUCAUACUACCUAGGAUAGUACACAGAGCUGACACUUCAUUCCUCCCAGGCUGGUACACAGAGCUGACACUUCAUACCUCCCAGGCUGGUACACAGAGCUGACACUUCAUACCUCCCAGGCUGGUACACAGAGCUGACACUUCAUUCCUCCAGACUGGUACACAGAGCUGACAUUUCAUUCCUCCUGGCUGGUACACAGAGCUGACACUUCAUUCCUCCCAAAAUGGUACACAGAUCUGACACUUCAUACCUCCCAGGCUGGUACACAGAGCUGACACUUCAUUCCUCCCGGCUGGUACACAGAGCUGACACUUCAUACCUCGCGGACUGGAGAACUCUGCAUCUCAGGAAGCCUCAAACUCUGUCUUGCUGCAUUCGCCAUUUGUCGGUUAUAAUGUAUAUCUGCAUCUCCUCGGCAUAUACCGGUGCUGAGCGGCUUGUAUACUAAUCUGCUGUGUAUGUGUAUAUCUUCUAUGUUAUCCUAUGAAUGAGAACAUAUAUAAUAUAUUCUGUAUAUCACUGUGCAUCCGUUUAAUAAAUGCAAAUUUAUCCGCCAAUUUUA